CUUUCCACAGAAACACAAAAGAGAAGAAAAAAAAGGGUAAUGAAGAUCCCAAACCACUAUCAUUGUUUAUCUGGUAUUUUUACCUUGUUAUUCUUGAUUUUCCAAGUUUUGCACUCUUUUGCUUCUCCUGUGCUUCAAUAUUGCCGUCAUGACCAGAGGGAUGCUCUUCUUGAAUUCAAACACGAGUUUUCGGUAAACAAAUCCAACUCAAUUCUGUCUUUAAGUUCAUGGAACAAGAGUAGUGAUUGUUGUUCUUGGGAGGGUGUCAUGUGUGAUGCUAAAUCUGGCCAUGUGCUUUCACUCUACCUUGAUUUCAUCCCUCUAAACAACUCUUUGAAACCAGAUAGUGGUCUUUUCAAACUCCAUCAUCUUCGUAACCUAACUCUUAGUAAUUGCAAUCUAUCCGGAGAGCUUCCUUCCUCAUUAGGAAACCUUUCUCAUCUCACUAAACUUCACCUUUCCAAAAAUCAUCUAGUAGGUGAAAUUCCAGCUUCACUCGGAAACUUAAACCAACUAAGAGACCUAAGCCUUGAUAAUAACCAAUUCAGUGGAAAUAUUCCCUUUUCAUUUGCCAACUAUACAAAACUCUCUCAUUUAAUCAUCUCAAAUAAUCAUUUCACUGGUGAGUUCCCUCUUGUACUUCUAAAUUUAUCCACCAGUUUGUCCUACAUAGUUAUUAGCGACAAUCUAUUUAAAUCCACACUUCCUUCUGACAUGAGUCAAUUCCAACGCUUGAAAAAUAUUGAUAUGGGUGGAAAUUCAUUUUUCGGAUAUUUUCCUACAUCCUUGUUUAUGAAUCCUUUGUUAGGAAUUGUUAGUUUAAGGAAAAACCAGUUCAAGGGACCAAUAGAAUUUAGGAAUGCAUCUUCCUUUUCUAAGCUUCUUAUUCUAUUUCUUCAACAAAACAAAUUUAACGGUCCUAUCCCUAAAUCCAUAUCAAAAUUUUCUAAUCUUAAAAAUUUAGAUCUUCACGACAACAGUUUCACUGGAUCAGUCCCCAAUUUACCCAACCUCGAGUUUCUUGAUCUUUCCUACAAUAAGUUGGAAGGUGAAAUACCAGGUCCGUUAGGAGACAUGUUGGAGUUGAUGCUUGCUCACAACUCUUUCAGCAGUUUUGGAAAAGCAUUUGAACUGUCUGAUUUGACGCACAUCCAGUCAAUGGAUCUUAGUUCAAAUUCUCUACGAGGACCAUUACCUAGUUGGAUUUGCAAGCUUAGACCGUUACUCCUCUUAGAUUUGUCCAAGAAUAGCUUCGGCGGUUCCAUCCCUCAAUGUUUGAAGGAUGCUAUUGUUGAACUCUCAACGCUAAAUUUGCAAAACAACAAUCUCAGUGGAAUUCUUCCUCCAGAUAUAUUUGUCAAUGCUACAAACUUGGUGUCGGUCGACAUCAGCGGCAACCAAUUGGAAGGAAAACUUCCAAAAUCUUUAAUCAACUGCGUUUCGUUGGAGUUUCUAAAUGUGAAAAGCAAUAGAAUCAAAGACGUGUUUCCAUCUUGGCUGGGUUCUCUACCGUCAUUAGAUGUCCUAAUCCUCCGAGAAAACGAACUAUACGGGCCGUUGUAUCAUCCUCGUAUGUCCAUCGGGUUUCAAAGUCUAAAAAUCAUCGAUUUAUCACGUAACCACUUCAAUGGAACUUUGCCACCUUUCUAUUUUGCCAACUGGAGCGAAAUCACCAAUUCAACCAAAAGAGAUACUGAAUACAUGGGAGAUGGUUAUAGCACUAAUUCGAUGGAAAUGGUGAAUAAAGGAGUCGAUAUGUUAUUUGAGCUGAUCCGGACAGACUUCGGAGGUAUCGACUUUUCAGGAAACAACUUUUCUGGAAAGAUACCUGAAUCUAUUGGACUGUUGAAGGGAUUGCGUAUUCUCAACUUGUCUAGUAACGGAUUCACAAGCAGUAUACCUCAGUCGCUGGCAAAUCUGACAAAUCUCGAGGCAUUAGACCUAUCUCGGAACCAGCUCUCGGGUCGGAUUCCUCAAAAUCUUGCUAGGCUCUCUUUUUUGUCGAUUAUGAACUUCUCCCGUAACGAUCUCCAAGGUCCGAUACCACGAAGCACGCAGUUUGAAAGACAAAACUGUUCAGCAUUCAUGGAUAACCCUAGACUCUACGGUCUUGAAGAUAUAUGUGGAAAAUCUCAUGUCCCUAAUCCUACACCACAAGAACGUGAAGAUCUUUCUGAGCCAAAAGAACAAGUGAUUAGUUGGAUAUCUGCGGUGAUAGCCUAUGUACCUGGUGUGUUCUGCGGAUUGGUGAUUGGACAUAUCUACUCUCCUCAAAUACACAAGUGGUUCAUGUAAAAGUUCCCUCCAAAGCAAGCGCAAAAACGGUGGCCAGAACUGCAUGUUGGGCAUCAUCUCUCUUUAAGUGUUUGUGAAGCAUAUUAUAUAUGUGUGUGUGUGUUCUCCAGAUGUACUUUUUAUGUUUUACGAUUUUGUAGUAAAACGUCUUUGGUUUGGUGGCAUUUGCUCUUAAAUUGACAAUGCAUUCAGAAACUUCUUCCUACGUAAAAUCAAAACGUGUGAGCAUGUAUGUUUGAAUUUUAACAUGUGCUGUGUGUGUAUAUAUUAUAUGGUUAUUUUGAGUGCUAUAUGAUUAUUUUGAUUUUA